AUGGCGUAUUUAAGAGACAAAUUACCUAGAUAUGACGUCGAUAUAAAUUACGUGUUCCCGAUACCGCAUACGGGCUGCUCUUCGACUCCGGCCAGAUUUAACUAUUCUCCGAUACUUGUGGAUCCACUAUUUGGUGGAGGGUUAUGGUGCGACUUGUUUUGUGACGAUGACGAUGACGUGAGCACAACUUCUACUAGCACAAGUACGGAGGACUACCUCGACAUUUUUGACGUCUGCAGCGGCUGCCCUACAAGGCGCCCUUCAACUGUCAGACCUAGCCGUAAUAAUAUGCCGCCUCUGAACUUGAUGAUUCCUCCCAUGAACGGGAUGGGCGUAUCCGUUUCCAAUUCAAAUGGUUCUUGGUCCAUGUCCUUGAUACCUUGGGGCUCAUCUCCUGCCACAACAGCGCCGACACCCUCUGCCACCACUGCUGCUGCGACAACAGCAGGAACUGGUGGUACUACUGCCGGAACGACCACCGCCAAGGCU